GGUCCCAUAAAGCCCAACCAAUUUGGAGGUGCAAACGAAGCAAGCAAAAUGGCGGAGGAAGUAAAGGUGUUUGGUCAUUGGACCAGCCCCUUCAGCUGCCGAGUAGGGAUUGCUCUAAGGCUGAAGGGUGUCCCCUAUGAGUACAUAGAGGAGGAUCUUUCCAACAAAAGCUCGUUGCUGCUUGAGUAUAACCCGGUCCACAAGAAGGUCCCUGUGCUCGUCCAUGGCGGAAGGCCAAUUGCUGAGUCCCUUGUUGUCCUUGAAUAUAUCGAGGAGACAUGGCGAGGAAACCCCAUGCUGCCCCAGGAUCCUCACCGAAGGGCCAUGGCGCGCUUUUGGACCAAGUUCGUCGAUGAGAAGUGCAUGCCAAUAAUGUGGAAGUCAUUAUGGAGCGAAGGAGAGAUGCAACAAAAACUCAUGGAAGAAACAAAUGAAAACCUAAGCAUAUUAGAGCGCGAGCUUGAUGGCAAGAAGUUCUUUGGAGGUAAUUCCAUAGGUCUUGUGGACAUUGCAGCCAACUUUUUAUCUUAUUGGACUGAAGUACUUCAGGAGGUAGCAGGAAUAAGCUUGUUCAAUGUAGAAAAGCAUCCCAUCCUGUUCAAGUGGGCCAACGAGUUCAUGAGCUCUGAUGCUGUGAAGGAAUGCUUACCCCCCAAGGACGAACUGCUCUCCCACUUCCAAGCUAUGAAAGAAGCUAUGUCAGCUACCAAAGCUCGUCAGAAUUGAUGGAACGGUGCAAGCAUUCAGCAUACAGUAUCAAUAAAGUUCGAACCAGGAUGAGUAUAAUGGAGAAUGUAACAUUUAGGUCAGUUUGGUAUGCUUUCUAGUAGAUGUUGGAUGAUGAUUGGCUCUGUAAAACUCAUAACUACAAUUUUAUUGUUGUUGUUGUUGUUGUUGAAUAAAU